CGUGAUGACGUGUGCACCGUACGUCAUCACGCGUAGCCCACGCAGUUGCGCAACUCGUUCAGGUUACGUCCUCCUGCAGCAGGCUGCACGUUGACAUUGGUGUUGUAACCUGAGCGAAGGAGCAACUCUUCCCCGGCUGACUCGUACAGUAGCAGACAGGGCAGGAUGGGAGCCUCCAUGUCCACACCGGCUGCUCCUACAGUGAGGGCGGAGGGGGCCAUGGUACCUGCACCUCCCCCAGGCUGCCCCAUGCACCAAGAAGCCAAGCCCGCCGCAGUGUCUCCACCUCCCCCAGUGUCUCCGCCUCCGGGCUGCCCCAUGCAUCAAGCUCAGCCUGUCAAUGCGUCUCCGCCACCAGAGUGUCCGAUGCACAAAGCUGCAGACGCGGGUCCAGCCCAUCAGGACCGGGCCUAUGAGUUUGUGGAGUGUCCAAUGAAAGCUGCAGAUGGAAUGAAGAAUGACAUCGACCCUGCAAAUAUGAUGCCUCCUCCGAACCAAACUCCAGCUCCAGACCAGCCCUUUAGCCUUUCAGUCAACAGAGAGGAGUCCACCAUUCCCCGUCACGGCGCAGAGAAGAAAUGGGUUUACCCAUCUGAACAGAUGUUCUGGAACGCCAUGCUGCGGAAGGGGUGGCGCUGGCGUGAAGAAGACCUCGACGCUCCCGACAUGACCAACAUCAUUAAAAUCCACAACCGGAACAAUGAGCAGGCCUGGGAGGAGAUCCUGAAAUGGGAGGCAAUGCAUGCACUUGAAUGUCCAUGUGGGCCGACCUUGAAGAGGUUUGGUGGGAAAGCCAAAGAGUACUCGCCACGGGCCCGCAUCCGCCACUGGAUGGGCUACGAGCUGCCCUUUGACCGCCAUGACUGGAUUGUCGACCGCUGCGGGAAGGAGGUGCGCUAUGUCAUCGACUACUACGACGGUGAAAUCAGCAAAGAAACCUACCAGUUCUCAAUCCUGGACGUCCGCCCCGCCUUUGACUCUUUAGAUGCCGUCUGGGACCGCAUGAAGGUGGCCUGGUGGCGCUGGACCUCCUAAAGGAGUCCGACGUGCACACGGGUCAGCGUGUGAACUUCAUACACACACUCACACACGCACAAAGACUGCUAAUAUGGCGUUCCUCAUUUCAGCGCUUCCGAACGAGAGUGGUGCUGUGAAAAGAAACAAACGAGAACAACAAAAUGACUAUGAUGGUUUUAGCAGACCCACACUCAGUUAGGCUACAUGAAGCUUUGUCUGUCAAUCAUAUUGAUUUAAGUGGAAUAUUUAAUCUCAUCGUUGCGUUGCAGUUCACACUUCGUAAAAUCAGCAUGUAAAGAAGUGUUUGUCAAACUGGUCACAUGGUGCCUCACACCACUUCUGAGAAACUAUUCCGUUGCAUUCAGUUCGCAAUUCAAAUAUAACCACAGCAACGGUUCAUUUAAUUUUUUACUUACAAAUGUAGUUCAUCUAGAGAAGUUCUGCUUAGCUCAUGGAAACGGUUGAAUAUGAUUUGUCAGGUCUGAGAAAAUCUGAUUUAUUUACUUGGAAUAAUUUAGGGAAUCCUUUUUUUUAACCAUAAACAAUAAAAUCCAGAAAGGUUAAAUAGCACUGCAUUUCAAAAGUCACACUAUAAUAAUUUUUGAUGGUAGCUUGUUUAGAGGUUAACUUAAAAGCACAGAUGCGCAGGAUUAAACCCUGCGCGUCUGUACAGGGCAUUGUUACAAGAUAUUAGCAAACUAAAUGUUCUGUGAUGUCGAUUUGAUGUCGUCCAAUCAGCAGAGUCACUGAUGUCAAGACAUCAGUAGCGGGGUUAGAGCGAGGGCCUUGAGAACCGCUCAUCCAAAAUACUUCACAAACAACACUGUGCUUCCCAUGGUCCUCAGCAACACGCCCGACAGGUGUGAACUCGAGCGUAUAAAGGGUUGUCGAGGUACCCUGGAAUUAUUUGUAGGAAUUCAGUGCAACAUUUCAUCUGCAAUAUCUACAGGGCUGGCAGAAUGCUACAAAAGAGGUUUAGGGCCACCUGAAAUAUUUAUUUGGGGAAAAAAAAUAACAUUCUUAAUUCUUAGAUGAAAAAAUUUAGGUCAGAAUUUUCAAGUUUCAAUUUCCAAAGAGAAAAAAACUAAUUUCCUUUUGGCCCUCAUCCUCUUCCGUAGGAUUCCGUGUCCCAGCUCUGGUAUUUAAUUUUGUUGCGCCGAUGCUCGUGUUUUUUAUUUAUUGUUGGAUGAAUACGUGUAGAUUUCUGUGUGCAGAACCUCGAGGCCGCUGUUCCCAGAAAAUGUUCUUGAGCUGUUUUUAAAAAUGAUUUGCCUAGCUCUGGUGAUCGACUAUACUAUCAUUAAAGCUGGUCCUCUCCCCC